UGAGGACAAGGAGAUGGGACACAUAUGCAUAUAACCAGUAAAUAAGAUGCGUUUUGGACAUUUUUUUGAAAGUUAAAAAAUGUAGUACAUAAAUAUAAAAAAGUUUCAGUCGUCACGAUCAUCCGAACAACCUAGCUAAGCAAAGUGGGAAGCAGAGAGACUGCUGGAGAUUCUGGUGUAAAAGAAGAGGCAGGUUCUGUAGCACUGGCGAUCGGAGGCGAUGUCGAGCAUAGCCAUGAAGAAAAAGGUGUUGCUGAUGGGCAAGAGUGGGUCAGGCAAGACGAGCAUGAGAUCGAUCAUCUUUGCCAACUACAUAGCUCGGGAUACCCGCCGGCUUGGUGCCACAAUUGAUGUGGAGCAUUCCCAUGUGCGUUUCCUUGGAAAUCUGGUUCUGAACCUGUGGGAUUGUGGAGGGCAGGACACCUUCAUGGAGAACUACUUCACCAGUCAGCGGGACAACAUCUUCCGCAAUGUGGAGGUGUUGAUAUACGUGUUUGACGUGGAGAGCCGCGAGCUGGAGAAGGACAUGCACUACUACCAGUCCUGCUUAGAGGCUAUCCUACAGAACUCCCCUGAUGCCAAGGUCUUCUGUCUGGUGCACAAGAUGGAUCUGGUGCAGGAGGACCAGAGAGAUCUGAUCUUUACGGAGCGUGAGGAGGAUCUAAGAAGAUUGUCCCGCCCUCUGGCGUGCACCUGCUUCAGGACUUCCAUCUGGGAUGAGACUCUGUACAAGGCCUGGUCCAGCAUUGUGUACGAGCUCAUACCCAACGUGCAGCAACUGGAGACAAACCUGCGCAACUUCGCACAGAUCAUAGAGGCUGAUGAAGUUCUCCUGUUCGAGAGGGCCACCUUCCUGGUGAUCUCUCACUAUCAAUGUAAAGAACAGCGCGAUGCCCACCGUUUUGAGAAGAUCAGCAACAUCAUCAAGCAGUUUAAACUGAGCUGCAGCAAACUGGCAGCCUCCUUCCAGAGCAUGGAGGUACGCAACUCCAACUUCGCAGCGUUCAUCGACGUCUUCACCUCCAACACAUACGUCAUGGUCAUCAUGUCGGACCCCUCCAUACCCUCCGCAGCCACCCUCAUCAACAUCCGCAACGCCAGGAAGCACUUUGAGAAGCUGGAGCGUGUGGACGGGCCCAAGCACAGCCUGCACCUGCGCAUGCGCUAGGAGCGCCAGAGUCCGGCGCAGCUACUCAGCCAUUCGGCCCCGGGAGAGCGGCCGUGCCGGUCCGAGCGGGCUGGCUUCAGAACCUGCCACCCAGACGUGCCACUGUCACUCAAUCACACCGUUUUUGUACCGCGAUACUCAAAGGAAAUCGUCAAAGCCAAGCAGUCUUUGAAAAGUUUGUCCAUUCCAGUUUGUACACAGUUAUUGCAGGACAUGGUUGGUGACUUAACAAGGGCUACGGUGCCUUUCUUACAGAUGUUUUGUGAAAAUGAAGGGAUUGGAUUUUUUUAUUUUAACUCUGAAAGAGUUCUCUAUUAAAUACCCAUCAACCUAAGACAACACGGCAGCGUUGUCAUACAACAAGUUUAAAAAAUCUUUUUUAUGCUGUACUGUACAAAUUGGUCUGCCAUUACAGUUUUUGGGGGGGAUGUGGAUUUUGAAAGCAGCAACGCAAGGAUAGUCUCAACCACAUGUUGGAAUGCUUUAUGCUAAAUUUACAUUGUAUUUACAUUGUGUUUACAUGUCAAUUUUGGAUUGCCAAAUAAAUAAGCAAAUAAUAACA